GUGUACACAAUUUGAUCGGCGAGACUGUCCCUAUCACAGGACCGAUCCUCCUGUCUGUGGGAGCACUUAUGUUGAUCCUGGCAGUCCGACAGUUUUAUAUGGCUCACACGAGAAAGAUAGCCCACGCCAAAGCUUUGCAGAAUAAAGCUAUCGGGGUGACGCCGAUCUCUGCCAUCGCGGAGCAAGAUGAGGACCAAGAGGAUGCAGAGGGUACUCUUCGAAAAAAUGGAACGGAUAUCCCAGGAGAGACUUGUGUGAGUACUGAUGACAAAAGCGAGAAACAACCGUUUAUAACUGGAGUCUACAACGACCCUAACAGUAUUCAUUCAACCUGCGGAGACAACAUUGGCAGUGGGGAUUACAUGUGGCCUCCUGUGGCUAUUCAGCACCCCUACUACUCUAUGGCAAUGAUGGUAUAUAAAGACCCUACGCUGUUCUGUUCUCCUUACCUCACCGCUGCUGGGCAUUUAGAAGCCAUCAACCCCGCACUUCUUUUACCCACAAACGCAAAUACAAUUGGGUAUAUCAAAGCAGACGAAGUAGUGACAGGCGCCGACGGUCUACAAUUACCAUCUUCAUCGUCGCAACAGAGGCUAGAUUCGGCUGUGCUAGAGACGUCGCCUGUAAGUCCUCAUCACGUCGGACACACACUAUCUCACUCUGAUUUGGGGUCACACAUGGAAAGUCCGAAAAUAUUCCCGGCCGACUAUCUGACACAGUACCAACGCGGCAGUAGUGGAGUCAGCAAUUCCACAAAUGGAGGUAUUAAUAAUCUGCCUAACCCCGCUGCCUUUACGCUACUCCGGACUUUAGAACUCCAAGAGACAAUAUAA